AUGUCGAUUCCAGCAACAAGUGCGCAUUUAUGGCCCGCAGGAACUUUGCCAGCAGGAAGCGUGACAUACCCUGGGCGAAUCUUUGUGGGCGGGUUGACCUCAAACGGGCGAAAUCCAGAGGGCGAAGUGACGGAGGAAGACUUGACGCAGUUCUUUGGAACUUAUGGGACAGUAACCGAUGUCAAGAUGAUUCAGGAUCACGAGGACGGAACCUUCAGGGGCUAUGCUUUUGUCACCUUUGCCGACACUGCCUCAGCCGACAAAGUCCUGGAAAUCUACAGCGACUCAUCUCAGCGACAACGCUUCGUCAUCAAAGGACUUGACCUAAAGAUGGGACAUGCUGUCAAAAAAGGAAACGGACCACACCCAGUUCCGAACCCAGCCGCAAUACCGAAUCCUCUGCUGAAUCAAAUGAGAAAUCAACUGUACAACCAACAGCUUCUGCAGGCGCUCUAUUGCAACCCGUACAGCAACUACUUGGCGAACCCAGUUCAACUUUCGCCCGAUCCAAUGCUGAAUGCCAACCUUCUCUACGCUUCCAAUCCAGCAUUUGCUUUGCCACAGGCAGUAAAUCCCAAUUUGGCACAAGUCACUAUGUCAACAUCGCCAAUUGCAACUCAGAGCCGCGGACCUACGGUGAGUUCUGCAUUGAUCAAACCUUUCGACGGACAGAGUUCGCCCACAUCAAGAAACGGAUUCGGACAAGAAAUCCAUGCUAACGAAAUAGUCACAACAGCCAAUCACUCGCCGCAAAUCCCAAUAACGACUAUCAAUCACGGAAUAAUUUCACCAAUAACUGUGCCCAGCACUGUCAUGGACAUGAACUCAGCUUCGUCGCCCGCUUUGAUCAAUAGCUACAAUCUGAGAUGCCCAAACCCUUUGGCCUACCCAUAUGGAUGUGUGGCGACACCUCCAGUGCCAGGUUUGCCCAAUGCUGCGCCGCAAAUUGAUCAGAACUACUUGAACAGUUUCUACUGCUACCCUCCGCAACACAACGGAGCUUAUUUGGGCUCACCUGUCGCGUCUGUUCAUUCGGGUUUCGCGCAACAGUUGGAGAACCACAAUCAACAAGCUUUGGAAAACUAUCAAGACUCAGUCAGCAAAGCAAAUACGGCUUCGGUCGAUGAUCAAGCGGCCAGAGCGAUGGCGUUUUCGGCGGUUGCUCAACCGACCAUGCAAGUUCACUUUGCAAACACGAGUCACGUCGACAAUCUAAGCUUGGCAGGGUUGACCCGACCGCUAGCGACAAGCAUGGAAUAA